AUGAAAAACGAUUCCCUCUUAUUCAUCCUCCUCCUCCUCUCCGCCGCAAAAGCCCAAGCCCAACCCCGAAACCAAACCAACGACUUAACAGACCCAAAUUUCAACCAAUUCAACCCCUCCUUCGCCAUAAUCAUAGUCAUCUUAGUCGCCGCUCUUUUCCUCAUGGGCUUUUUCUCCAUCUACAUCCGCCGUUGCUCCGAUUCAUCUCCCUCCAACACCGGCCUCCCUAUCAUCAACGGCCGCUUAGGUAUCACAUCUCGCGGACUCGAUUCCUCAGUAAUUGAAACCUUCCCGGUUCUUCAAUACUCCGAAGUCAAGAUCCAUAAGAUCGGAAAAGAGGUGCUGGAGUGCGCCGUUUGUUUAUCCGAAUUCGAAGACACCGAAACGCUGCGUUUGAUUCCUAAGUGUGACCACGUUUUUCACACUGACUGUAUCGACGAGUGGCUAUCUUUGCACACAACAUGUCCCGUUUGUCGUGCGAAUCUCGUUCCAGAACCCGCUGACUCAGUUCACGCUAAUCCUAAUCCCAAUCCAGAGUCGCAACAACAAGAUAUUGAAGCUCAAAACGACACGGCUCAAACACCAAACGCGGAGCCUGAUUCGGUUUUGGUUUCUCCGGAAGUGAUUUCGUUGGAGAAAACGCUGAAAAGGAAUCGAACGCGUGGAUCUCAGUCAAACCGGGCGCGUCGGUUUCCGAAGUCGCACUCGACCGGACACUCUUUAAUCCAACCGGGUGAGAAUACGGACCGGUUCACUUUGAAGCUGCCUUUUGCGGUGAGGAAAGAGUUAAUGAACCGGCAGUUACAACGCACGAGUAGUUUGAUUGUGUUACCAAGAGAAAGUAGCUCGAGGCAUGGGUAUCGAACCGGUGAAGGAAGUAGUAAAGGGAAAAGUUCGAGGUGGGUGGACCGGAGUUUAAAAUCGGACCGGUGGGUUUUUACCAGGGCACCGUCGUUUUUGGCUAGGGCGUUGUCGUUUAGGUCACCAAGACCAAAGGUUAAUAAUAGUGACGACGAUGAAGGAACUUCUUCUGCUACUGCUCCUAUCAUGCCGUCAUCUGCCGUUGACUCUGCACGCCGUUAA